UCAAGAAGGUGCAAUAAUGGCCUUUCCAGGGAUGGUUCUUUCUGUUGUCAAAAUAAUUUUGAUGAGUUUUACAGUGCUGUCAUUAUUAUCUGAUUGUGCGGAUGCAGCAAGAAAAAAGCCAAUUUCUGGGCCUGAUAUGUUCAUGGGUGAAAAUUUAGCUGUUGACAAGCUUCUUCCAGGAGAAAAAAUAAUCAAUGUCUUGGAUUUCAAAGCCAAACCUGAUGGAGUCACUGAUUGCACUCAGGCAUUCAUGACAGCAUGGAGAACUGUAUGUAAUUCCCCACAGCAAGCGAGGCUUUAUGUUCCACCAGGGAAAUUCUAUGUUUCUUCCAUGUUCUUUGCUGGGCCAUGCAAGCCACCCCAAGCCAUCACAAUCAAAGUUGACGGCACCAUUCUCGCUUCCACUGACCCUUCAGAGUAUGUCAACGGCGAAUGGCUCAUCUUUUCCGACCUCCGGGGAAUCAAACUCAUCGGCGCUGGCACUUUCGAUGGCCAAGGUAAAGACAUGUGGGCCGCCAACACCGACUGCGACAAAGACACUUCCCCAGAAUGCAAAAGACUCCCCAGUAGUAUUCAAUUCAACAAUGUGACAGAUGGACUUAUACAAGGCAUAUCAUCAGUGAAUGCAAUGGGGUUUCACUUCUUCAUCACCAACUCUGCCAACAUUAGACUACGAACACUUAGUAUCAAUGCACCAGGAGAUAGCCCUAAUACAGAUGGCAUUCAUAUGAGCCAUUCCAUCAACGUGAAAAUUUCUAAAUGUCUCAUUCAAACUGGGGAUGAUUGUGUCUCUAUGAUUCAAGGGGUAAGCAAUGUGGCGAUUAACAAAGUCACAUGUGGCCCUGGACAUGGUUUUAGCAUUGGAAGCCUUGGGAAGUACGCUGAUGAGCUAGAGGUGAAGAACAUUCGUGUGCUGAAUUGCACGAUGGUGGGCACAACUAAUGGUCUCAGAAUCAAAUCAUGGCCAGACAAGUUUCCAGGUGCAGCAUCACAAAUAAUCUUCGACGACAUUGUCAUGAACAACGUUGCGAAUCCUAUUGUCAUUGACCAAGAAUACCAAUGUGAACCUGCCAAAUGCAAUAAGAAGCCAUCACGUGUGAAAUUGAGUGGGAUACAAUAUUCGAACAUAAGAGGAACAUCAUCUUCGAAAAUUGCAGUGGACUUACGAUGUAGUGGUGAUUUUCCAUGCGACCAUGUUCAGCUGAACAACAUUAAUCUCAAGGCAACAAAACCACCCCCUCCUACCUCCAGAUGUCUCAAUGCCAAACCACUCUAUCUCGGCAUGCAAUCUCCACCACCCUGCUCAUAGCAGAUCAUUUAGUCUACAAUAUUUGGAUCCUCUCUCGUCUCAGAAAUAAUCAUACAUAUGGUUGAUCUCGAUCAAAUGAUUGAAGGAGGACUUUUAGAUGAAGAAGAAGAAGAUGAAGAAGUGAAAUUCAGAGUCUCAACGAAUACCAUUUCUUGUGGCCAACACCAUAUCUCUCUUUUUGUUAGAGUAGUCCAAUAGUCCUUGGCCCAGGUCAAAGAUUGGGCCCAAUUGUUGCAAUGUGUAGAAUUCUUCUAGAUUGUACGGAGUGUAAUUCAUCUGUUGUAACGGCUAGUAUUCUUUUACUAUCUAGAUAUUUUCUUUACAUUUGCUGGCAGCCUGUGAUUGGCUCUUCCGAUUCAGGUAGGUGCCAAACUACUUUCU